AUGCCAAGGUACCCUAGGACCCUUUUUUCAGUAUUUCAUUUAUAUGAAAUUGUAGCGCAAGAAAUUCUCUAUGGAAUGAAAAACCUUAGUACAAAGCCAGAACCGAUUCAAAAUAUUUUGAUCUUAUAUCGAGGUCAAACAAUGAAUAAUGACGAAUUUGAAAAACUAAAAAACAAUGUUGGUGGUUUUGUUUCAGUGAAUAGUUUUAUGUCGACAACAACAAAUCGACAUGUUGCAGUAGCAUUUGUUGGUAAUAAGAGUUCUCUCAUGAAAUAUGUAUUAUUUGAAAUAAAUAUUAAUAUACAUCUUGAUACAAAACCAUUUGCCAGUAUUGUACAUUUAAGCACAUUUCAAACUGAAGAUGAAAUAUUAUUUUCAAUGGGAACUGUUUUUCGAAUUAAAAAUGUUGAACAACUGUCACAUAGUUUAUGGAAAGCAGAAUUAACACUAAGCGAAGUGAAAUAA